CAAUGUAGAAAGACUCUACUAAAAAUAAAAUAAAAUUAAAUUAAAUUUAAAAACCCUCUCAACAACUUUCGGCAUCCGCUCAACCUCUAAGGAGAGGUUUUAGUCUCUGAUAUGGCAGAUUUGUUGUUUUCUGCUUUCAGACCAGAGUACUCCACCGUAAACAUGCUCCACCAGAUCCCAAGCCAAGCCAAGAAGUAUCUGAGUUCAAUUCCCCUGUUUAUCGGAGCUGAAAGUACUGAAGCAGCACUGUAUCUCACGCAUUUGGCAAUGUUCAAUCCCAAUGUCUCUUGGGACAGAAAGAAUAACCCCAAACCCUGGAACAAACUGGGUCCCAAUGAUCAAUACAAGUUUUACUCAGUGAAUGUGGAUUACAGUAAACCGAAGAAAGAAGGUGCAGACUUCUAAAUGAAAUGUUUCACUUAUAAAGCUGCUCAUAAUUAAGGUCUCCCAGAAGCCAUCCACACA